CUAAAUAAAAUUGAAUGGAAUUUUCCAGUCACUACAUGAAUAUAACUCAGUCAACCACCAGAGCAGACACGAGUGGAUAUCAGCGACGCGAAAUAAACUUAACUGCGAGAGAAAUAACAUUUCGGACUCUUAGUCAUUGACUGAAGAACACUUAGAUCUACACUUCACUUCAUCUUCCAUCUCCUAUCGCUGCGUUUACUUAUUUUUUUAUUAACAUGUCUCAGCAGCAGAUCAGCCUCCCCGCCAAGCUCAUUAAUGGGGGUAUUGCUGGCAUUGUUGGGGUUACGUGUGUCUUUCCCAUUGAUUUGGCAAAGACCAGGCUGCAGAACCAGAGGCAGGGCCAGCAGGUCUACAAAAGCAUGAUGGACUGCCUCGUCAAGACAGUUCGAUCAGAGGGAUACUUUGGAAUGUACAGAGGUGCCGCUGUAAAUCUGACACUGGUUACCCCUGAGAAGGCAAUCAAGCUGGCUGCUAAUGACUUCUUCCGUCAUCACCUCGCCAAGGACGGGAAGGGGUUGACAGUGUUCAAAGAGAUGAUGGCAGGUUGUGGUGCAGGCAUGUGCCAAGUUGUUGUCACUACUCCUAUGGAAAUGCUCAAGAUUCAACUGCAGGAUGCAGGCAGGCUAGCCCAGCAGAGAAAGCCAGGUAUGAUGUCUCCCACAAAGCUUGCAGCCACCAAUGCCUUGCUCAGUCGCUCCUACAACUCAGGCCCAGUGACCUCAGCACCACAAGCUGUGUCGGCCACUCAGAUUGCCAAGGAGCUCCUCCACACCCAGGGCAUCCAGGGGCUCUAUAAAGGCCUGGGAGCCACGCUGAUGAGGGAUGUUCCCUUUUCGAUUGUCUACUUUCCCUUGUUUGCCAACCUGAAUCGACUGGGCAAACCCAGUCCUGAGGAGUCUGCCCCUUUCUAUUGGGCAUUCCUCUCUGGCUGUGCAGCUGGAUCCACUGCUGCAGUGGCUGUUAAUCCUUGUGAUGUGGUCAAGACUAGACUGCAGUCACUAAACAAAGGGUCUGCUGAGGAGGCUUAUGAUGGUGUUUUGGAUUGUGUGAGUAAGAUCAUGCGAAAGGAGGGACCCUCUGCCUUCCUGAAGGGUGCAGGUUGCCGGGCUCUGGUCAUUGCCCCUCUGUUUGGUAUCGCACAGGUCAUGUACUUUGUUGGUGUUGGAGAAUAUAUCUUGGACAGCUCACCUCUCCGCCUCCUGUCAGCUUGAGAACUAAGUCACCAUAACAAGCCUCCUCUAACUGGCUGGGUGGCUAUGUAUAAACAAGCCUUUCAUCGUUGAUGAUGUAUAUCAGAAAGCACCUGGCAGCUACAUACCAUCGAUAUACAGUUAAAAGAAAUUACAUAAGACUGAUCUGACUUGUCAGAAAAGCUUUGGUGUUAUUUUUGUGAAAAAAGAACCUCUGUGGUUUUGUUAAGUUUCUGUGUGGUCUACCAGCCGUGUUGCACUUACACAUUUUUUGGCUUAUUCAGUAGGCUGUGACCAUUGUUUGCACUUGAAACUGUCAGACUUGCUGGGUUGAGGACUAAUGGAAAGAUGCAGUGCAUAUAGUCCUGCUCUUCCCUGUGAGGGAGAAGAGCUGGAAUAACUUCAUCAAUGUGACAGUUUUUCCCCAAUUCAUCACUUUUCAUAAUUAUUUUUGAAUAUGUAAGAUAGCUUUUUGAAUUGUUGGAUGCAGUUUAUUGCAGUUUUUUUUCCACUGCUGAUUUAUAAAACCUUCAGUUAGUAACAAGGGCUUUGAUUGGAUGUAAAAAAAAAACAGUGGGGUCCAAUUUACUCAUGUGUAAGACUGUUAAUCUUUUAUUUUUAUAUAUCCUAAAGAAAUGUGAGUGUUAUGUUUGAUCACAGAACUUCCUACUGCUAUGGGACCAUAUGGUUUGCCAAACCAAGAAGACAGUAUCCUGACAAAUACUUGAUAUUAUCAGCGUAGUAGUUUAUUAACCUGUUAACUUCAGUUACUCUUUGUAUCAUAAAUAUCUGCUAGGGCUGGACGAUUAGUCAAAAUUUAUUCUCAGUUACAAUUUUGGCUUCCGACAAUUACGAAAACAAGAUAAUCAAGCUAAAAUGAUAAUUGUGCGGCACCCCCUUUGGCAGUGAUGCUCUCAUUUUAUCUUGUAAAUCAGCACACUUGUUUGAUUUGCAGUUGUGCAAUUUCUCCUCUUUAGAAAAGCCAGGCUGAGGCAUGAUUAUACUUCAAGGAAACUGAACACUGUUAAAGUUUUUUCAGUUUCAGUAAGUGCAGCAUUUCCAGGGUCAAUGAGCAAUCACGUUAAAUAAACGUGAUCUCAGUACUGACCAAAAUAAUCUUUAGUAUGAUUUUUGCCUUAAUCGAGCAGCCCUAAUAUUUGCAAAUACUUGAUAUGCAUUUAUGCACAUUAUGUUUGUGUGUUUGUCCACAUUGACUGAAGAUAGAAUGGACUGACCUAGCCUCUUCUUAUUAAAACAUUCAACCAUAUUUGGUUUAAGCCUUAAACGAGCAGAUUUUUCUCAUUCUGAGAACAAAAGCUCUUGGCCGCAAUGGCAUUAUGCUACUGUGUGCAUUAUGAAAUGACUGUUACUAUACUUUAUAUGUUUGUGAUGUAUUUUUUAUGUAAAUUUAUUAAAGUUUACAAUGCUCUCAUUGUA